AUGAUUACUAGCUAAAAACAAAGAAUUAUUAAUGAUAAUAUAAAUAAAAAAUUAUUAAUAAAUUCGAAGGUACUACCAAGCACCAAAUAAUUGCUGUCAAACAUCUUAAAGCAUAUUAAUAAGUCAGACAAAACAUUGAAAAGCUUAAAAGUACUGGAAAUAGCUAUUAUAAAUAUUUCAAAAAAAAAAAACGAACAUUGAAAAGUAUCUCAAAUAACUUUAAAGAAAUGGAAAAAAUAAUUUUAUCUCCACUUCAAAGAAUUCUUCAAGAAUUUCCAAAAAACAUCAAAUUUUGCUUUGCUUAUGGAUCUGGGGUAUUUAAACAGAAGACUGACCCUACAAAAAAUAUGUUGGAUCUUAUUUUUGUCGUCAGUAACCCAAAAAGAUGGCAUUCACAAAAUUUAAUGAAAAAUCCUAGUCAUUAUGCUCAACCAUUGAGAUUUCUUGGACCAAAAGUUAUUGCAAAUGUUCAAGAAAAAUGGGGAGCUAGGAUUUAUUACAAUACUUUAAUCAAAUCUUCAGAUGAAAGAUUAAUGAAAUACGGAGUAAUAUCAGAGGUGGCUUUGAUCGAGGAUUUGUUGGACUGGAACAUGUUAUACCUUUCUGGAAGACUUCACAAACCAGUUCAGGUAUUAAUUGGUCCUGAAAACAAUUCAUCUCUUCAAACAGCUCUUGCUCAAAAUUUAAAAUCUGCAGUUCACGCGGCUUUGCUUCUUUUACCUGAAGAUUUCAAUCAAAUUGAUUUUUACAAAACAAUAGCUAGUCUAUCUUACCAUGGUGACUUUAGGAUGACCUUUGGGGAAGAUAAAUCUAAAAUAAAUAACAUAGUAAUUCCUCAAAUAGAAAAUUUUAAACUUUUAUAUGCUCCUGUAUUAAAAUUUUUCGAUCAUUGUAUGGAAAUGUCUUCAUCUGAAGGAGGGCCGAUAAUGUGCCGUCAGGAUGGCAGCCCUACAGCGAAAAUUCAUCAUUUAAAUCAACUUCCAAGGGUCCCUCAAGUAAAAUUAGUCAGAAAAUGGUCCCAAGGAUCAAGAACCUACGAUGUAGAAGAUUGCCUUCGAGCGAUAGCUUAUGAUCCCGAGUGUAAUGAGUUAGUGCAGGAAGUUUUUAAGGAGAUCGUAAGACGAUCUAGUAUAACACAGAGUCUUAAAGGGAUUUUGACAGCAGGAAUUGCAAAAUCAGUUAAAUAUAGUAGUGCCAAAAUAGUCAAAAUGAUUCAAUCAAAUAGAAAUAUUUAUUUAAGUAAACAGUUGAUCGCAUCAGCACUUCCUGUAGCACCGAAAAUUAAUAAAAUUAUGGAAAAAGUGACAAAAAAGAUUCCUCCAAAGGCAAUAGAAAAAGACAAUCAAAAGAAAUCUUAAUUUAUUGUCAAAAACUUCAGUAAUAAAUAAAGUAUUUAAAAACAAAACCAAUAAUUUUAAAUUAAUUAAAUAGAAUUUACUUUAAAAAUUAAUUUU